GCGAAGCUUUGGAUGAACGCCACUUGUGGAGGGAAAAGGAAUGGCCGUAAACCGAUAUGUCGUUUUUAGUCAUUCACUUCUUCACUAUCGUCGUCCUCUUCGCCUUCGAAGUUCUCCUUCUCCACUUUUCUCAUCUGUUCUGCGUUCGACCUCCUCAUCCAUGGAAGCUCCUCCCGAAGGUUACCGCAGGAAUGUUGGCAUUUGCCUCAUCAAUUCUUCUAAAAAGAUUUUUGCUGCCUCAAGGCUGGAUAUACCAGAUGCUUGGCAAAUGCCUCAGGGCGGCGUGGACGAGGAUGAAGAUCCAAGAAGUGCAGCCAUCAGAGAACUUAGAGAAGAAACAGGAGUCAGAUCCGCAGAGAUUAUUGCUGAAGUACCUUAUUGGCUGACUUAUGACUUCCCACCACAUGUCCGGGAAAAACUUAGACAUCAGUGGGGUUCUGACUGGAAGGGUCAAGCGCAGAAGUGGUUUUUGCUGAAGUUGACAGGAAGUGAUGAAGAGAUCAAUCUUUUGGGUGAUGGGACUGAGAAAGCGGAGUUUGGCGAAUGGUCAUGGAUGUCACCUGAAGAAGUAGUAGAACGUGCUGUAGAUUUCAAGAAACCUGUUUACAAGGACGUGCUAACGAAGGAGGCUUUGUCCAAUCUCCAAGCUGUGACGACAUAUCAAACCAGCUUGAUUGGGGAAGUAAUCUUCUACUCUUCUUACAUGAUGGUUAGUUAUAGGAUCGUUUUCCCCCUCUCUUUUUGGAACGAGAAUAUUGGAAACGAGUUCAUGUUUCAUUUUAUAGUAGAAUGCUCUCGUAUCUUUGAGAAUAAAUGAUACUUUAUUAAAUGGGAACAAGACUCCAUCUAGGUUUGCAGA